AAGCAGCCACAAAAGAAAACCACAAAAGAACCCGUGAAUGCUCAGAGUGUGGAAAAUCCUUUGCUUGCCGGUCCCUCCUUUUGACCCACAGGAAGGUCCAUGUGGGAAGCGGAUCCAGUGAAGGUUUGGAGGGUGAGAAAUCCUUCUCUGGAAAAGACAUGAAAAAUUUCAGAAGCCCCCCCAGACUAAAGCCCUAUAAAUGUGAGGAAUGUGACCUAUGCUUUGGUCAAAGGUCACACCUUGUUAGACAUCAGAAAAUCCACACUGGAGAGAAACCCUAUCAGUGUCUGGAAUGUGGGAAUUUUUUUCGUAGAAUAGAUAGUCUCAGAAACCAUGAGAGGAUUCACACAGGGGAGAAGCCUUACACGUGUUGGGAAUGUGGGAGGAGCUUUUCUCGGAACGCAGGUCUUUGGUGCCAUGGGAAGAUUCAUGCAGGAAUAAAAUCUUACAAAUGCUUUGAGUGUGGAAAAUGUUUCACCCUGAGUUCAUCUCUUCGGAGUCAUGAGAAAACACACAGAGGGGAGAAAAACGAAAAGUGCCUCGAAUGUGGGAAAUGUUUUAUCUCGAAAUCACACCUAGUGCAACAUCAAAGACGUCACACCAGAGAGAGACCCUAUGAAUGCCCAGAAUGUGAGAGACGAUUUAUGUUUCCUUCUCUACUUCAGAGGCACCAGAAGGGGCACAAAGGGGAGAAACCCUAUGAAUGUGGGGGAUGUGAGAAAGGUUUUCUUACACAAAGAGAGCUUCAGGAGUGUGGAAAGAGCUUUACCCUAAAACACCAUCUUGGAAGUCAUCAGAGGCUUCACACAGGAGAGAAGCCAUACAGAUGCGUAGAAUGUGGGAAAUGUUUUGCUCAAAAGGGAACCCUUGGGAGACAUCAUAAAACUCACACAGGGGAGAAAUUAUACAGAUGCCUAGAAUGUGGAAAAUGUUUUGGAACCCUUUGGACACAUCAUAAAAUCCACACAGGGGAGAAAUUAUACAGAUGCCUAGAAUGUGGAAAAUGUUUUGCUCAACAGAUAAACCUUUGGAGACAUCAUAAAACCCACACAGGGGAGAAACCACAUCAAUGUAUCGAAUGUGGACAAUUUUAUUCUACCACAUCAGAUCUUAGAAGUCAUGUAAAAACUCACACAGGGGAAAGAAAUUACAAAUGUUUAGACUGUGGGAGAGCAUUUGCUCAUUCAUGUUCCCUUAGAAACCACAGCCGAAUCCAUACAGGAGAGAAGCCCCAUAAAUGCUCGGA